GGGGCACGUAGGCUUUUAACCCCCUUAGUGCUCUUGCCUAACUAUCCUGUUUUACUAUUUAUACAGUUAAUUAAUAUUAACAGAAUAUGAUAGCUUUGCAACCAUGGGGAAAAGGUUGAACGCUUUGCUGUAGUCGGUAUAUAUUGGUCAUGUCUUUUAAAAUCACCUAGCAGCUCCUAGGUCACUUUUAAUGUUCUAAAUAACAUUUGUUGAUUGUGUUUCCUUGGCCCCAUUUCCACUGAUUGUACAUUUGUUUGAUGCUUUAGUACUUUUCAAUAGUAAUUGAGGUACCUUUUCAUAUCCAUUCUUUUCAUCUUUAUAACUAUUUCAAGUCUCAUUCUGAGGUGCACUUUAAUAUGAAAUUCUUAAUUAUCAUUUAAUGCUUUCUGAAUAAAGAGAUAGUGAGGAUAAACUGUAUAAAACCCUUCAGACUGAACAACCAUCUGAUUAAUAGACUCAGUAAUAAAGACAUUACAGGACAAAAGAAUGCUUAGCCGGGGUCACACUCCUUAAUAGCUUUACAAAAUGCAUUCUUUUUACCUUUGUAUUGUAGGAACAAUUGAAAGAAAUAAGAAUCUUAGGUUGUCUGUGCAACUCUGUGUUAAUAUUUUAAGAGCUCCAAUAAGAGAUAAAAUAUUGGUGAAUCUGGAAUGUUUUUAUCCCGAGGCUGCCUCAGAGCAUCGCACUGCAAAGUCCAAUGUACUUAAAAUCUGCAUGGUGCUCUGGGGGUUAAAUUGAUGGAACACAAUAUUAGUUCUAAUAUAGAACCUCUCAGUUUUAUAGAUUUUAUGAUUAGGGCAUAUUGGCAUUGGUAUUGACAACUUGUUUUGGCAUUUCUCACAAAAUUACCACUUGAACCUCUAGGCAAUAAAAUGUCACUAACACAGCAAUUCUGAAUUAAUUAUGGUUUAAAACAUCUUUAGUAUGUAAAUGUGUGUGGCAUGGUUGCUUGUGUGCUUGAAUUAUUAUUGGCAAAAGCUAAAACACACAAAUCUCGCUGGAGCGGUCUGUCAUAGAGGAGGAAAGAUAUCCCUCACCAUUCAGGAUUAUUAAACUGGUAUCAGGCCAGGGAUGAGGCAAUGCCAUUUGCUGAUAUAGCAAUCUAGUGAAUGGGAAGUAAGCAAAAUGAGUAAAACUUUCUCCUUAUCAGCAAAGACUGUAUGCAACAUAGGGUCACAAUUAAUAUAUAGGGAAGCACAAAAUCUCCAAAACAUGAACUCCACUUUAUUCCAUAUAUGUUUGGACAAUCAGGGUGAACAAAUUCCCUCCUAAUUAGUACAGGAUCUAGUGGGUGAGCGGCUCAAGGCCGAGCGGUCCUGGCGUCCGGCUGCGUGGUCCUAGCGCUCGCCCACAUAUCUCCUCCCCGUGAGCGUGCAUGUGCACCAGAGUGUUGGGAUGCUGCUGUGGAGCUGUGCUCCCCAGUGUUCCCCAGAAAGCUGCUGGGCAGAAUGCCACCCAUAAUAUUUUGCCGCCCUAGGGCCAGGCCUUUGUGGCCUCGCCACAAAUCCGGGCCUGCUGCUAAUGGUGAAAUUUCUUACUCAUCAGACAGAGGUACAGAUCAGGCAGAACAACUAGAUACCUCUACAGGAAAACCUCUCUGUUGAUGUCAUCGUUGGAUGUUCUACAACCAUCACACCCCAAUCCGUAUAGUGGUCAUGCACCAAGCAGGUGCUUCCCUUCCUCCAAAAAUUCACCAUCUGAGGUACAUUUCAUUUUAGUGCCAAGCCACCAUACUCUUCCUUUCCCCUAGUAUCCUCUGCACUUGUGCACGUGUAGUACAGAAAUUGGUAAAACACUUCUUUACCUUGAAAGCAUUUACUCAUGAAGGUGCAGAGGAUGCUGGGAAUUCAGCACAGCUCUAAGUUGAAAAGUAACCCAGGCCUGUACAUUUUUAUAAGAAGAGGAUUUUUGGCCCAGGGUAUGAAGUAAACAAUUAGAACAGCUUGGCACCUCCCUUUCAGUCUACCUUUCCUUAAAAUAAAGCGUAUAUUUGUCUAGGCAUAAAAUAUUCUAAACAAUGAUCAAAUUAUAGUUACUUGAUGUUGACAGCAUCUAAUGAAUAUAUGGUCCAAGUCUCACCUCUUCUAGCAGAUAGGAACGGGUUAAACAUUUUUCCAGCAGAAAUAUCUCAGGGGCCCAUUCAGCAAUAUUCACAUGUAGGAAGAAAGUACAUCAACUUAUAUUACAUCUUCAGCCUGCAUUUAAAGUCUUUUUAGUGACAGAACUGGAUUGCAGUUUUAUAUCCAUAAAAUAUGAUGAAACUUUUUAGCUGAAUGUCCAAACCAUAAUUAGGUGAUUAGCUUCAGUGACUUCCAGUUAGCUUUUUUGGCCUUAUGAGUUAAGUCAGUUAUAUUAUGGAUAUUUAAUAGUCAUUAAAGGCUAACAUAUAUACUGCUAGUUUUUUUUUUUUAAUAUGAAAGAGAAAUGACCGUUAAUGAUGGAACACAGCAUGUAUUCACUAAAGCAGUAAUAUCAUUUCUACAUGUUAUUGAAACAAAGACCAUGGGUCCACAAAUGUAUUUAUGUUCAAUAUAAUUAAAUGUAAAGGUUUUUUGAGAAUGUAAUUGUUUAGAAUUGUGUUUCAGAAGUGUCUGAAAUGCUGUAGUGAACAAGCAAUGCCCCAUUAGUUUAUCUGUACAGUACAUUAGUGAAUGGACAGUGUUGCUGUAUAGACGCAACUGAUGCUGGUAAUUCCCACUAUUGAUAUAUAGGUUCUUUUCAGUAAAUAUAGAUUCAUUGAUACUACUUAUAGGCACUUGUUUGUCUUUUCAUUCAUCUUAGAUAAGUUGGAUAAGAGGAUCUUUGUGCACUUGACAUCAGUGCAAUAAUAUAGGUAUUUUAUGGACUCAUUGCACUUGUUUACUUGCUGUCACAUUUCUGGUUACAAAUGAAGCAGUGUUGGUGACAUUUUACCUCAUCUUUGCAAAGGAAACAUAGUUAUGAACUGAUCCACUGCUGGCAAUAUUUUUAUAAUUGGCAUUGCCGAGCCACAUCCAUAAUUGUUAACAUUUCAGAGAGCAGUGAAAAUCGUAUGGCUUAUUAGCAAGCAGAGAGGUGCGAAUGGCAACCACAAUUGUUUUUACUAUGCAGAGCUUUAGAACUAUUGACCUGUUUUGACUCUGAGGCCCUCAAUGUGUUAAUUGUGCUAUUUGUAAACGCUUACGGAAAGCAUCUCGGGUUUUUAUGGCUUUUUGCAUAAAGACAAAGAUCAGUUGGUGGAACAUAAAGCAGUCAAUUGAUUUCUGAUAGCUAUCUCAAAUUAUUCGCUGCUGUUUUGAUAUUCAUUAAAGGAGCAGCAAAUGUAUUCAAUUACAUAGGUAAAUAAGGUUUUGUUUCUUAUAAUUUUUUUUUCUGUGCAAAUAGCACUAUAUGACUAAUGCUCUAAUAAAUCAGUUUUUUAAAAUACAUUUUUGGGGGAUGUAAAAAAAUUUUUUUUCUAAAUUUCUGAAGCUACUUAAAACAAUAGUGACUAGAUUAUAUGUAUUUUCUACCUAAUGCAGAUGGACCAUCCCCAGGAGCUGACGUCUUGGUGAUGGCACUUUGCUGUGGUUUUUUUUUUUUUAAACUACAGCAAUCCAAGUUUUGAAGAGGGAGAAGGUCUUUGUCCAAGGGCAGGACAGGAUGCAAAGUACACGAAAAGGCAGCAUUUGCCCUUUGUACCCUGCUUUUCACUGGUGAGCCCUAAUAUCACAGCAAUAUAAGACAAUGAUGUCCAACAUGAGUUCCUUCAGUCGUUAUUGGUCUACAGGUGCUAAGCCAGUGGCUGGUAGACAUUGCAGUACAGUAACAUCAAAUGAUACCUUUCAUGGAUGUAAAGAUACAAUGACCUUAUUACCAGAAGGGCCAACCCUACUGAGAUUUGCAUCAGAAAGAGACUUCCCUGGCUUGAAGAUGCAGUGGACCCCGGAGCAUGCACAGUGGCCGGAACAACACUUUGAUAUAACAUCAACCACACGGUCACCUGCUCAUAAGGUUGAGGCAUACCGAAGUCAUUUGCAACGUACCUAUCAGUAUGCUUGGGCUAAUGAUGAUAUCUCUGCUCUGACUGCUUCAAAUUUGCUCAAGAAAUAUGCAGAGAAAUACUCUGGAUUUUUAGAUGGUUCUAUGGAUAGACCCUUGCUGAGCAACUAUACAGAAGCUCAGUCGGGUCUAGUGAAUGGUCGGAAGAAUGAAAGUGAACCUUGGCAGAGCUCCUUGAAUUCUGAAGGUGGUUAUCCCAUGAACUGUGUUUCUGAUGUUAUCGCAGCUAGCAAAGGUGGAGUGGGAACAGCUAUCCCUCCAUCAGAUGUUUCUGCCAACAUAGGCAGUUCUCCUGGGGUGGCAAGUAACCUAUCAGAACCUAGUUAUUCUAGUAGUACAUGUGGCAGUCACACCGUACCUAGUCUUCAUUCAGGACUACCAUCUCAGGAAUAUGUCACAGGUUAUAAUGGUUCCUAUCUGCAUACAAGUUACAGCAGCCAGUCAGCAUCUGCACUCCCAUCACCUCAUCCAUCACCCCUUCAUAGCUCUGGACUUUUACAGCCUCCUCCACCACCACCUCCUCCUUCAGCUCUGAUAUCAGGCUACAAUGGAACAUCCAGUAUACCAAGUUAUAACUACCCAGCUGCUAGCUAUCCACCUCAGUCUUCAGUUGGAUCAGGUUACAGUCCUGGUAGUGCACCUCCACCUUCUGCUUAUCUACCAUCAGGUAUUCCUGCUCCAACUCCUUUGCCUCCCACAACUGUCCCUGGCUACAGCUAUCAGAGCCAUGGGUUAACUCCAAUAGCACCAUCUGUUGUCUCUAAUAGCUCAGCUAGUUCACUGAAAAGAAAAGCAUUCUAUAUGGCGGGGCAGGGGGAAAUUGACUCAAGUUAUGGCAAUUACAGCUAUGGUCAACAGAGAUCAUCACACAGCCCUAUGUACAGAAUGCCUGACAACAGUAUUACCAACUCAAAUAGGGGAAAUGGAUUUGAUCAUGCUGAGACAGGAUCUUUAGCUUUUAAGCCAACAAAGCUGUUAGUGUCCUCUGACCAACAAAGGAAAUUCAACAGCCAGUCUACAAGAGCUUUAACUCCACCAUCAUACAGCUCUACCAAGAAUUCAAGAUCAAGUGAUUCUUUUGGGAAAUAUAAUUCUUCUGCUAUUACUGAACAUGGAGAUGAGCAUCGUCAGCUACUACCACAUGCAAUGCAAGGCCCUGGACUUCAUACAGCUACCUCAUCCAACCACUCUGUGGACGACCAGUUGAAAAAUACUGACUCUCACCUGAUUGACCUUGUAACUAAUGAGAUUAUAAACCAGGGGCAUCCAGUAGACUGGGAUGAAAUUGCUGGCCUUGAUUUAGUAAAGGCUUUUAUAAAAGAAGAAGUUUUAUGGCCUGUAAUACGAUCUGAUGCAUUUAGCGGACUUACUGCCUUGCCUCGAAGCAUUCUGUUAUUUGGACCACGGGGGACAGGUAAAACAUUGUUGGGCAGAUGUAUAGCUAGUCAGCUUGGUGCCACUUUCUUUAAAAUUUCUGCCUCUAAUCUUGUGACAAAAUGGAUAACUGAAGGAGAAAAAAUUGUCCAUGCAUCCUUUCUUGUUGCAAGGUGUCGACAACCAUCAGUGAUCUUUGUUAGUGACAUUGAUAUGCUACUCUCGUCCCAAGUUAAUGAAGAUCAUAGUCCAAUAAGUCGGAUGAGAACAGAGUUUUUAAUGCAGCUUGACACCGUUCUGUCUUCUGCUGAGGACCAAAUAGUUGUAAUUUGUGCCACAAGUAAACCAGAACAAAUAGAUGAAUCUCUCCGGAGAUAUUUCAUGAAGAGACUUUUAAUUCCACUUCCAGACAGCACAGCCAGACACCAGAUAAUAAUACAAUUGCUCUCACAGCACAAUUACUGUCUCAAUGACAAAGAGGUUGCACUCCUAGUUCAGCGCACAGAGGGUUUUUCGGGACUAGAUGUGGCUCGAUUGUGUCAGGAAGCUGUGGUAGGUCCCCUCCAUGCCAUACCACCCUCAGACCUUUCAGCCAUUAUGCCUAACCAGUUGAGGCCAGUGACAUAUCAAGACUUUGAAAAUGUAUUCUGCAAGAUUCAGCCUAGCAUAUCUCAAAAAGAACUUGAUACAUAUAUUGAAUGGAACAAAAUGUUUGGUUGCAGUCAGUAAUAUCGCUUAAACUUUCCAUUGAAUGUUGUGGCACAUGAACACAGGCAGCAGAGGGAAUACAAACCCUUUCCGCUUGUGGUCAAAUUGUAAAUGGUACUUGGACAUCCACAAUACCUUUUCAUCUGAAGAGUCAGGUUAGACUUGAGUGAAAAUGCAUCAAAUAUCUGUGCUCUGAAAUAAAAAAGUGUAUAAGUGAGAGCACGAGAUGAUAUCUAGGUCUAUUUAAGCUAGCCAACACUCACUAAGAAGCCGGGUUAAAGUGGGUUGAUUCUGGAAGGACAUGAACCUUGUGUGUUGAUUCCAUUCUGCUGUUCUUAAGAUUUAGUUGCUGUCAAGUGCCUGAAGUGGUGCUUUAUUUUUUUGUUUGCCUCACAAUUACAUUGGUGGCAUGUGCUAAUAUAAAGAGCUUUAACUUCAAACAUUGUUGUACUACAAAUGAACGAUUGUGUUGAUAGACAGAGAGCCAGAUUUUUGCCAUUUUAUGAGCAACAGUAUUCCUCAGACCUGUCUGUUCUGCAGAACAGUAAAAACAGGAAAACCAUGAUCUGGACCUUAAUUUCUACAGUUCAUUUCUUUUAAUGUUCUGUCUGCAAAAAAAAAAGAGAAAAAACUCAGGAAAGUGAUUGCUUUGUACAGUACCUCAAAGGAAUGUGUUAAAAGCACUAUGUACUGCUGAGAGAUAAGAUAGACAUUCAUGUUACUUUAUAUUAAAAUUUAUGUUUACCUCAACAGUUGUAAAGUGGCAUGGAAAAUAUCUUUGAAUGUAUUGGGUUGAUUCCUAUAAAAAAUGGUGGAAAUCUUGCCAGAGCAAAUUGUAACCAAUUAAUUCUCUCUGUAAUUAUAUAUUAUUUUAUAACCUUUCUAAUCAUAUUCAUAAGGUGAAAGUAUUCUUUACAUUUCAGUAUUUAUUAGAUAUUACAAUGGGAAUCAAAAAGAUGCCACUGAUAUUGUUUAAUUCUAAUAACUUUUUUGGGCAAGUGGGGUGAAUCAACAUUUUUUUUAAAGGCAUCCUUAUUUAGAAAAAAUAUAAUUGGGUAUCACCUUAAGUUUGUUUUCUAUGCACAAUUUACAGGUCAGAAUAUGGGUAAUAAUGUAAGUCCGUGGGAGUAAAAAACAUAUAUAGAUGGUGAGUUUUGCAGUGGAAGAACUACUGGUAAUUGCAAUCGAUCCAGUGUUUUUAUUACCCCAAUAUGGACUGUACCAUUGGUGCUGCUGUUAUACAGAUGGAUACCUUUUAUUAUCAGUAAAAGCCAGUUCUUUGUGCAACACUUUUCAAUCUUUCAUUUGACCAGUGACUAGUUAAGCAUACGAUGCGUAGAUAUUUUGAAGAAACUUAUUUAUUUUAAAAAUAAUAUAAAUCAAGAUGUUAUGUUGUUCUCAGGCCCGGAUUUGUGGCCAAAGCUGGCGGGCUCUAGGACGUGGCAGCCUAGGGUGCCAAAUAAUCUGGGCCUGGUUGUUCUUCUGUGUAGAUCAGUUAUGAAGACUGAUGUGAAAUAACCAGUGUCACAACCGUCAACAAACUUGUAUAAAAUUACCAAAGUCCUCCAAAAGAUUUAAUAUAAUGGAUCCAGUGUUGCUACUAAUGGCUACUUGCUCCUACUAAAAUGCAUAUAUACAAACAUAAAACUGAAUAUUAUUAUUUUAUAAAAAGUUUGAUUUUCUUUUCAGCCUGCAGUGUGGAGGUCUUGUAGGUGUAGUUUUGGUCCAACAUUGUAUAUUGCUGUUAUAAUUUGUGAAUCCAUGUAGUGAGCAGGAAAGGUUUUUUUUCCCUAAAGAUGUAACUGUGCACAAGAAGUCAACAUCUCAGGUGCCUUUGCAUCUCUGAAACACCCUAUCCAUUGACGCUCUUUCAAAUUGAAUGAGUUAGCUUCUGUAGAUAAUUUAACUGCAAUUCAUACAAAAUUAAAGGAACAUUAAUGCUAAAAUCUAUUUUUUUGGGCUAUAUUCUGUAGUGGUGAUAAAUAUGUUCCUACUUUUCUAACACUUCACCACAAAUACAUUAUACCAACUUUAUUUUUAGAAGAACUAAAAAACAUUUUUUCUUUGAUCAUCCUGGUCAGGGAAGAUAAUAUCUGAAUACCAAGAUGACCAGGAAAUCAAGAGUACAGAAAAAAAUAGUUUCUCCGUAUUUCCAAAACAGCACAAAAAAUAUCAUGUUCUUUUCUAGAAAUGUUUAUAACUGUUUUCAUAUAAGAAAGAAUAUACUUUAGCAUUAGUGUGCUUUUAACAUUGUUUUAAAUGUUGUCACUGGCACAUAUAACAGGUCAAAUGGUACCAUAUGUUUAAUUUUAAUGUCCCUUAAUGACUCUUUUGUACUACAUACUUGACUUUUGUUCUAGUUGUGUACUUUUUCAAAUGUGAACCACCUUCAACCCUGGAUUUAAUUGUAAUUUUUUUAUUAUUAAUGGAUAAUAAUUGAUGUUGGGUUCAUUUGCUGAGCAGUGUAUGGCCUACAGAUAUCCCAAAAGCAUGCCACUGCAUAAAUGGAACAAUCUGGCUUUUUGAAUGUAUUGGUUUGUUUACUUUAACAGAAACAGCAACAUAACUGUUUCAAAGCACUGGGGUUUAAUGUACAUUAAAUACAUGAAAUAAAUGCACUGAAAGUCAUAUCUAAAAAAAUAUUGUACCUACUGCUUUUUCUCUUGUAAAUUGCUUGCUUAAAUACUUUUCAUGCACCAAAAUAGUGAUGUUCUUUUUAUUGCACAAAAGCUUUAAAAAGAACACUAUAUAUAUAUUGCAUGGAGCAAGUAAAAUCCCAUCAGUGGUUUGGUUGAAAACAAUGUAUCCUAGCGAUAGAGGUCGUGUGCCAGCCUGGUUGUACAUCAGCACUAUUACAGUGAUGAUCACAGCUUCCAAAGAUGCUUCCCUCCUAUGUCUGUGUAUUCCUAUUAUGGGGCAGAUAUAUCAAGGAGAAAAUUUUAAUUUUUAAAUUCUAAUUUUGAGUUUAUUUUAGUUUAAUUCUGCUAGGGAAUAGUCCAAAUUUGAUUU